UGGGGGUGCUGAUUCAAGACAGCUGUGGCUUCUCCACCCUGGGGGACCUUUGCACUUUGCCCCUGGCCCCAGUAUACCCUGCUCCUGUCUUCCUGGAGGCAGCAGAGGCAGUCGAAGGCUCUCGGCAAUCGCCCAGGGCCUCUGGAGGCAUUUGGAGGCUCCAGUGGGGGGCUCUUGAGCAGCCCCAGCCCAACCCGGCCAUCCUGGGAAGGCCUAGUGGGAGUCCUACAGGGAGACGAGUCGUGCUGGCUUAGGCCAGCCACAGCCACGGAAGCAUGAUGGUCCUGGCUGGCCUCUGGGCUUUCCUUCUGUGUGCCUGUGUCCUAGGCCACCCAAAGCAAACAACAUCUGGAGGAGAGGAUAUGAGAAACUGUUCUGUGACCCCGCCGUAUCUUCCAGUCACAGCUGUCAACACCACUGGCCGGCUCAAGGACCUUCGACGGCAGAUGGAGGCUCAUAAUCUCGAUGCCUACAUCAUUCCUGACACUGAUGCCCACAUGAGUGAGUACAUUGCCAAACACGACGAGAGACGCUGGUGGAUCUCCGGCUUUAGUGGCUCUGCAGGAAAUGCAGUGGUAUCCAAGACAAAGGCAGCUCUGUGGACUGACAGCCGCUACUGGAUUCAGGCAGAACGACAAAUGGACUGCAACUGGGAACUACAUAAGCAAAUUGGCACUUCACCCAUGGCAGCAUGGAUUCUGGCAGAGAUUCCAGCCGGAGGAGUAAUUGGCUUUGACCCCUUCCUCUUCUCCAUUGACACAUGGAAGAGUUUUGAAUUUCAUCUACAUGGUUCUAACAGAAGCCUGGUGGCCAUCACAGACAACCUUGUGGACCAGAUUUGGGGGACAGAGAGGCCUUCCAUUCCCAGUCAGCCAAUUUACUACCUCCAGGAGAAAUUCACAGGAAGUACAUGGCAAGAUAAAGUCAAUGGAAUCCGAAACCAGAUGCGAAACCAUGCCAAAGCCCCCACAGCCGUCCUUCUGUCUGCAUUGGACGAGACAGCUUGGCUCUUCAAUCUUCGAAGCAACGAUAUCCCGUACAACCCCUUCUUCUAUUCCUACACUCUACUGACCAACUCUUCGAUCAGGCUAUUUGUGAAUGCAAGUCGACUGAGUAGUGAGACUCUCCAGUAUCUGAGCGCCAACUGCACAGACCUAUUGUGUGUGCAAAUUGAAGACUAUGGCAGAAUCCGAGAAAGCAUCCAGAAGUAUGCCGAGGGAGAUGUCCGGAUCUGGAUUGGAACCGAAUAUACCACCUAUGGGCUCUAUGGAGUCAUUCCCGAGGAGAAACUCGUGGAAGCCUCCUACUCCCCAGUAAUGAUGGCUAAAGCAGUAAAGAACAAAAAGGAACAGGAUCUGCUCAGGGACGCCCACGUGCGGGAUGCUGUGGCUGUGAUCAGGUACCUGGUGUGGCUGGAGAAGAACGUGCCGCAGGGCACGGUGGAUGAAUUCUCCGGAUUGGAACAAGUGGACAAGUUCCGGGGAGAAGAAGAAUUCUCAGCUGGGCCCAGUUUUGAAACCAUCUCAGCCAGUGGCCUGAACGCUGCCUUGGCCCACUACAGUCCAACCAAGGAGAUCCACCGUAAGCUGUCCCGAGAUGAGAUGUACCUGGUGGAUUCCGGAGGGCAAUAUUGGGAUGGAACAACAGAUAUCACCAGGACAGUCCACUGGGGAAUCCCUUCUUCUUUCCAAAAGGAAGCCUACACUAGAGUGUUGAUGGGAAACAUUGACCUGUGUAGACUCGUCUUCCCCUCGUCCACAUCAGGGCGAGUUGUAGAAGCCUUUGCUCGAAGAGCUUUGUGGAAAGUUGGCCUCAAUUAUGGACAUGGCACAGGGCAUGGCAUUGGCAACUUCCUCUCCGUGCACGAAUGGCCAGUGGGAUUCCAGUCCAAUAACAUUGCUAUGACCAGAGGCAUGUUCACAUCGAUAGAACCUGGUUACUAUCAGGAUGGAGAGUUUGGAAUCCGCCUUGAAGAUGUGGCCCUGGUAGUAGAAGCCCAGACCAAGUACGGUGGGUCCUACCUGGCCUUUGAGGUCGUGUCUCUGGUACCCUACAGCCGGAACCUUAUCAAUACUAGUCUGCUGCUGCCUCAGCAGCUUGAGUACCUGAACCAGUACUAUAAGACGAUCCAGCAGAAAAUUGGCCCCGAGCUGCAGCGGCGGAACCUGGAGGAAGAGUACCAGUGGCUCCUGAGGAACACUGAACCCCUAACUGGCGGCAGCAGUUAUACCCACCUUCCUGCAUCACUCACCGUCCUGGUAGCAGCCACCCUAGUGUCCACCCUGGGCUAAAACCUAGAGUGAGGAGUCCCCAGGGCUGAGCCGGCACCGAAAGUUCAAGCCACCAGUCUCCAAAGCUUAAAUUUUCCUCUCAUCCCCUCCCCACCCCCCAAUCCAAGGCUUUUCCAUCCUGAACUUCCUGACCUGGCCCCAGACCAGGAUGUUCUGCCCAAAGGAGUCCAGGUACUUCCCAGGAUUCUAGGCCUUUGGGCUAGGAGUCUAAUGAAAGAUUUACUUUUUUUAAAUGGUUUUUUGAUAUUUGCUCUCAUUUCUCAAUUAAAAAAAGAACAGAUGUCUCUGUCUGGA